AUGUCAACUAUUGACUAUCAAUUAAAACCCCUCCCAGAGACUGAAAUUGUUCUUUUUUGUCUCGGCUGCGACAGAAAAAAUACAGACAACUACCAAGUCGAUUAUCUGGAGCCCGAUGAUGACAUAGAAGACAAAGCUUUUAGCGUUUGGCUGGUAUGCGAAUUCUGCGCGAAGGAAAUAACAAUCGCCUUUACUCCUGAGGAAUGGAACCUUUUCGCCAGUCAGGCUGACAAACAAGAAGACCAAUACUUUUCGAGAGUUUCAGCAGUCGCAUUUUGCAAAACCUAUUUGCUUUCGGAUUGCUACGGUGACUUGUUUAUCAAAGCUCAACAACGAAAAAUGGCUCGACGAGAAAUUGACAAAGAUGAGGAAAAAGUUUGUAUCUUUUGCCACGAAGAUGAUGUCAAAAUGAUUUCUAGUCCCUGCAAGCAUUUUUAUUGUGAAAAAUGCUAUGCGAAACAUCGCGAAAUAUCUCCACGAAAAGAUGACUGUGCGUUCUGCAGAAUUCCAUUUCGAUACACCCGAUUCUCCGACAUUGUCGCUGAAAAAAGAAGAAACGACUAA